UUGGAAUGGGAUUCAGCCACUGACGAUGUUGUUACUGCAUGCCAGCUUGAGGUGUUGAACAGCCAGCAGGAAAGCUGAAUGUAUUUCCCAAUCAGGGGUUUGGUUUCUCUCAGGUCUAAGGUCUAGGAUAUUUCGCUGAGAAAAAGGCUCAAAUUCUUUUCGUGGGAGCUUAGCUACCCGUUUUUGUCGCGAAUAACAGCCCUUUUUUGGGGGACUGAUUCUGAAUAAUCAAGGCAUUUGUUUAGGGCACUCCACGCCAUUUUUUACACCGAGAGCUGACAUUUUAGGCUCGAGAUUCACCUCGUAGCAUUUUUUUCCAGAAAUACUUGGAUAACGGAGUUUGCACUGGCGCUUUCCACAUGUUCUGACGGUUUUAUUAAUCCCGACGCCCUUUCCGGUCGUAAAAUGGCUGCUGCUGGAAGAAGCGGGCGGAAAGACAAAUCUGCAUCAGGCCGGUCCUCCGCACAGAAGCAGAGAAAACGAGGCUCGGAUUCAAAAGUCCAGAAAAUCGAGGAUCAGACGAGCGACGAAUCUCCGCUGUUGACGUCCUCAGUAACAGAACAACGCACGUUGGUUCAUAGCACGGAAACUAGGGAGGACGAAAAGCCAGAAAAGAUUCCUCAGAUUCGAGCUGUCAUUCCCGGUCCCACGCCUGGAUCUCGUGUGACUAUAGCGGUGGGAAGUAGUGUCCAAGAGAUCUGCCUCGUGCCGUUGCUGCAGAUUAGAUGGAUAAGGCCGCAGAAGGUCGGACCUGGCUUGCGAAAUUUGGGUAACACAUGUUACCUGAACAGCGUGUUACAGUGCUUGACGUACACGCCGCCGCUGGCGAAUUUCUGCCUGCAGCAGCAGCACACCAAGAUAUGUGCACUGCUGAACCCUGGGGGAACAGCGUCCUGCCCCUUCUGCAUUCUCGAGCGCCGUAUAGCCCGCUCUUUGACCCUCGAGGCAGCCCGGGACACGCCCAGAGUCGUGGUCAACCGGUUGAAGCUCAUUGCCAAGAGCUUCAGCCACGGGCGGCAGGAGGACGCGCAUGAGCUGCUUCGAUACGCGAUAGAAGCUUGCAACAGAGCGUGUGUAGCCCUGCACAAGAAGGCCGCCGCUGCUGCUGCUGCUGCUGUUGGGGCUGGUUCUGCGGCUGCUGCUGCUGGGGCUGGUUCUACUGCCGGUGAUGCUCGUGGGGAAAAUGUUAGUUCGGAUGUGACUAAAUCGGGGCCUGUGAGAGCCUUGAACCAGCUUGUGGAAGGGAUGUCUUUAAACGAGGAUGCCAGCACUCCGAAGAUGCACACGAGGAGAAGCUCCAGACUAUCCUUGGACCGAGCGAACAGCAGUAGAGGAUCAGCAACCGAGGGAGGUUCACCCGAGGGAGGUUCAUUCUUCCAGCAAUUUGGCCCUGACCAGCAGCAGCAGCAGUUGUCAGUUGGUCAGCCCUCAUUAGUGCCUCGGCUAGGCGAUCCAGUGGUAGUAGACACAGAGAUGGAUCUAGACGUAGCAGAAGUGCCUGAAUUGUCUGCUGCUUCUACUACGGGAUCAGCAGCAGCAGCAGCAGCAGCUGAGGUAGCUGGGACUGUGGCUGGUAGCAGCAGCGGCGGCGGCGGUGGCGGCAGCGUGCCUAGGAGACGGAUGAGCCUGAGAAGACGGGGGUUUGCUACAGACGAGGAGGAAGAGGAGGACAGGGAUGGGGGGAUUGGGGCCACAGGUGGUUGCUCAGGGGGACAGGAUGAGCCGCACACUAUAGUGAAAGAGAUCUUUGGCGGGAUACUGCAGAGCCAAAUCCGGUGCUUACAGUGUGACGGGGAGUCUAAUAAGAGGGAUGCGAUUCUGGACCUGAGUCUAGACGUGCACAGGCUUGGGUCGUUAAGAGACGCGCUUAACAGGUUCACUAAGCCAGAGGUGCUGGAUGGGGAGAAUAAGUACCGGUGUGACAAGUGCAACCGGCUGUCUGCCGCAAGAAAGGCUCUGACCAUCUUCCAUGCGCCCAACGUUCUUGUCAUUCAGUUCAAGCGGUUUGAGAACGUGUUUGGAGGGAAGAUCGACCGCCAUAUCCGAUUUGAAGAACACGUCUCUCUGAAAGGCCACAUGAGCGACUGUAGCAAGGAUUCCGAGCCAGAGUACACGCUCUUCGGCGUGGUGGUCCAUGCGGGGUCGUCCCAAGACUCGGGCCAUUACUAUGCUUAUGUCAAGGACUCAACUGGCAAGUGGGCAUGCUGUGACGACUGCUCCGUGUCCCCAGUCGCCCUCCCAGACGUGCUAGCAGACAAGGCCUACAUGCUCUUCUACCUCCGCACCUCCCCCCGCCCUCCCGGCUCCACCUCCCUCUCCUCCCCCACCUCCCCUCGCCUCUCCCCCCGGUUGCCCGCCCUCCUGUCCACUCCUGCUGCUGUUAAGUCUCCUCUUUCUCCGACUCGCAGUGGGAAGCUUGGUAGCUGCCGUCUAUUUGCUGAUUUGCAGGCUUCAACAGCCGCAGCUGUUGGCGCUGCUGCUGCUGCUGGUGUUGCUGGUGCUGCUGGCGCUGCUGCCGAUGUUGCUGCUGCAGCUGCUACAGCUGCUACAGCUGGUAAAGGUGCUGCAGAUCCCUCAACUGGUCGCGUUACCCCUGCUCCUGCUUCCUCUAUAGGCGCUACUGCAGCAGAUGCUAAGCCAGAGCCAGCAGCAGACUCAGCAGUUCCUGGACCACUCUCAGAAGCGGGUUACAUGGUUACAGAUGAGCCAUCACCAGGCCUUCUAGAGCUACCAGCAGCGGCAGAUCAAGCAGAGGCACGGGCAGAAGCACGGGCAGAGGCAGGAUUAGCAGCAGCAGAACCAGUAGGGCCAGGUGGAGCAGCUGGCGGGGCGUUUCCUACUUUACCUAAAGCAGUAUCUGCACUUGCAGCGCUGGGACUAGUGAGAAGGUUUUCCGCUGCUGCUGCAGCUGCUCCUCCUGCGGCUCCUGCUGCCCCAGCUGCUGUUGCUGCCACUGCUGACACUCCUGCUGCUGCUGCCGCUGCCGCUCCUGCUGCUGCUGCCGCCCCCGCUGCUGCUGUCGCCACUGCUGCUGCUCCUGCUGCCACUCCUGCUACUGCUGCUCCCCCUGUGGCUGCUACAGCUGGCACUGCUGCUACAGACGGUGAUAGCAGGCGGAGGAGAGAGAGCAGCAGCAGGGGAAAAGGCAGUGAGAGGCAUGGGGCGGGUUCAGGGGCUAAGCGAAUUGCCCUGGUGAAAAAGAUCGCAGAUCUGGCAGCAGACGAUUCAACUGCUGCUGCGCCCCACUUUCUCCCAGUGCCCCCUGAUGCUGCUGAUGCUUCUACUGCUGCUGCGCCUCAUUUUGAGUCGACUCAAAAGCAUACUUUGGUGAAAAAGAUAGCUGAUCUGGCAGCAGAUGCUUCUACUGCUGCUGCGCCUCAUUUUGAGUCGACUCAAAAGCAUACUUUGGUGAAAAAGAUUGCAGAUCUGGCAGCAGAUGCUUCUACUGCUGCUGCGCCGCACUACUUCCCUGGGCCUCCUGCUGCUGCUACAGCUUCGCCUCCUGCUGCUGCUACAGCUUCGCCUCCUGCUGCUGCUACAGCUUCGCCUCCGGCUGCUGCUGUUGCUAUUAUUGCUCCUGUUGCUCCUGCUCCCGCUCCUGCUGCUCCUGCGUCCUCUUCACCUGGUGCUGAUGCGGCUCCUGCUUCACCUGCUCCUUCCCCUGAGUUUUCUUCCCCUGCUGCUACUGCCACCUCUGCUCCCUUGUGCGGGGAUAGCAGGGGGUUUAGAGGCGUUGCAGCAGGGUGUGCAAGAACAGCAGCAGCUGUUAGCAGCAAGAGAUUUCCAGCAGCAGCAGCAUCGGCACCAACAGCAGCAGCAGUACUAGCAGAGGAAGUAGUUUUAGGAGCAACAGGUAUCGACCCGGCAACAGAGGAAGAGGUACCGCCAGGGGUAGCAGCUACUGCUGCUGUCACCGCUGCUGCAGCAGACACUGCAGCUUGGACAUGCACAGGUGCAGCAGCGGAUGCUGCAGCAGGUGCGUUAAUGAGCGCCGUGGGAUUCGAACCGGCGACCUCUCAUGUCACGGUGAGUGGAAGCCAAGCUGCAGAGCCGGUUUCAAGGGAAGACACGUCAGGGGCGUCCGUGCCCCACGAGAUUGGUGCUGAGGUUCCUCUCUGCAAUGAGGGGAUGCAGAGGGAUGUGGGGGUAUUGCGGGUUAAGGGGUUAGAGGGGAAUGCGUCAUUGAGGGGUGAGGGGCGGGAGGAAUGGAGCACUGCUGGGAGGCUGGAAUGCAAGGGGUUAGAGUGCAAAGAUGAGGACUUAGUCGGUGAGAGCGAGGAGAUAGCAGGAGAAGGUUCACCAGAGAAGGGUUUCGGGUUAGGGGACGAGAUAGCAUGCAAAGGCGUUCCCGAAGCAGACUUUAGAGUCGAGGCGUUUGGCCCACAGGGUACACGGCAUAUUGGAGAAGACGAGUAUGCGAAGGGAGAGCUUAGAGGGGAAGAGUGUAGGGAGGCGUUGAGAGAGGUAGCGUUGGAUCAAGAGGGUUGUAGCGAGGAGGAUUCAGGAGGCGAACUGUAUGCAGUAAAUGCAGGUAGGGCUUUCCCUCCUGCUCUCCCUCCUGCUCUCCCUCCUGCUCCCCCUCCUGCUCUUCAUCCUCCCCCUACCCCUCCUCCUCCUCCUCGUCCUCAUGCUCCUCCUCCUGCUGCCGCUCUUUCUCCUGCAGCCCUUCCUGCCUCCUCUGGUGCGUCUCCUUCGCCUCCUCCCCUUCCCUCUCCUCCUCCUCUUCCUUCUCCUCCUCCUCUUCCUUCUCCUCCUCCUCUUCCUUCUCCUCCUCUUCCGUCUCCUGCCUCUGCCCUCCAUGCGAGCAUUUGCCCCGUUCCUCCGCCCACCAACGCGCCCGGAUCCAGGUGGCUAGCUGCGAGAAAGAGUGGCGUUGGUGCAGCAGGGGCUGUGACAGCACCAGUAUCAGCAGCAGGGGGGAUGAGUAUGAGUCUAUCAGAUGGCCCUGCAGUGAGCGACUCUGGUUUGCAUUUGCACCACCAAGCAGCAGUGGUGCCGGCAUCUGGACCUGCUAUGGGCGACUCCGGUUUGCAUUUGCACCACCAGGCAGCAGCGGUGCAAGCAUCUCGGCCUGUAAUCAAGGCGGAACGGGACCCUGUUAUCUGUUCGUUUAGCUUUGCCUCUGAUAUAUUCUGCGGCUCUAUCAAAGACAGACAUGGGCCAGGGCUUUCAUCUGGAGGAUUGACUUCGCCGUCUAGGGGACGGCCUACUUUGGCCACUCAUGAGCCAGUGGUUGCUGGAGGUGGUUACCCAGUUACGCCUGCAGCGAGUGUUGCGCCUGUGGCACGAUUUGCACCUGUGGUUGUGGCAGUAGGGACAGCAGUGGCUGUGGCAAGCCAGGAUGACCUAGCUAGGCAACAGCAACUGAUACUGCAGCAGCAGCAGCAGCAGCAGCAUAAACAGCAGCUGCCACACACACCUCCACAGCUGCUACCUAUCCCUGUCCCUGCUUUUGCCCAUCCACCCACUUGCACUCGCUUGGUGCUUUCACCGCCAGUGCAGCAGAUUCAGUCAAGUCCCAAGGUGCUUUCACCGCCAGUGCAGCAGCAGCAGCAGCAGCAGCAGGUGUCGUGUGAGCUCACUCCAAAGGGGCACCAGGUACUACCCCUGCCUAUGCCCGACACGCCGUUUCCACAGCCCAUGCAGCCGAUGGCAACUCCUGAGACUUUUUCACAGUCCUCACAGCAGCAGCAACAUCAGCAGCAGCAGCAGCAGCAGGCACAUCCACACGAGAAGCAGCAGCAGUUAUUCCGGGAGCCAGCCUUCGAUCAGAGACAUUUAUCACUAGCGCCACGGCAAGUGGUGGGCGCUAUCUCAGACUGCAUACAUCAACAACAGGAAUUGCAGUGGCAGCAGCUGCAGCUACAGCACCAGCAGCACCAGCAGCAACAUCCGCUGCAGCAACAACAGCAACAGCUGCAAGAACAACCGCAACAACAGCAGCAGCAACAGCAGCAGCAGCAGCAGCAUCAACAGCAGCAGCAGCAACAACAGCACCAGCAGCAGCAACAACAGCAGCAGCAACAGCAGCAGCAGCAGCAACAACAGCAGCAACAGCAACAACAGCAGCAGCAGCAACAGCAGCAGCAGCAGCAGCAGCAGCAGCAGCAGCAACAACAGCAGCACCAGCAACUUAUGGCAUCUCAAACCCAAUCGCCUGGGAGGAGCAAAGCCGAUAAGCCGGUUGAGGUCCCGAUAUUGUCACACACGGUACAGUCACCUCCUCCCCAGUCUAUGCAGCUGCUCACCCGGUCAAGGAAAGCUGCUGCUGCUGCAGCAGCAGCAGCCACAGCAGCCACAGCAGCCACAGCAGCCACAGCAGCCACAGCAGCCACAUCAGGUUUAGCUGCCCCAACAGCAGAAGGGGAAGCAGCAGCAGCAGCAGCAGCAGCAGGAGCAGCAGCAAGGGAAGCUGUAGCAGCCACAGCUCCUGUGGCAGCUGUAGGGGGGCUUGCAGCAGAGGUGAAGGAAGAGAGAGGAAGCAAACGACCCCUUGCCACCUAUGUUCGAAGCCACUCGCGUGCCGCUGCUCUUGCUGACGUGUCACCACGUGCUGAUGUGGCACCAUCUGAUGAUGCCAUGUCAGCACGUCCGAGAGCACGCUCUGCUGUCCCAUUACCCCCGCGGGCCAAGCUGCCCCGGGCGGCAAAGUCGAACCGUGUCGGGACUGCUGAGCUCAUCAGUGGAAGACUGUCCACGUCAGCUGCUCACUUGCCAGGUCAGACCUCCACUCUGCCAGCUCAGCCGUCGCCCUCGCCACCUCAACGGCGAUUGGGACUGAAGCAGGUGAAUCUGAAAGAGAGAGCGCGAGCGGAUAGGGCAGCAGAGGCGAGGGUUCGGGAGGUUACGAUAAAAUAUGCGGAUGUUAGAGAUGUGGGAGUGAGGAGCAGUAGAGCUGGGGAAAGUUGUGCUGCAGAUGUGGGAGUGAGGAGCGGCGGAGUUGGAGAAAGCUGUGCUGCGGAUCUGGGUGUAAGAAGUGGUGUUUUUGGGGGAGCUGGCGUUAGGGAGGCUGGUGUGACAAGCGGUGGUGGUGGUGGUGGCGGUGGUGGUGGUGGUGCUGCUGCUGCUGCUGCUGCUGCUGAUGGUGCUGGUGGUGUUGGCGGUGUUGGUGCUGGUAGUGGUGUUGGUGGUUCUGGUGGUGCUGGUGCACAUGGCACCAGCACUGCCCCGGCAUGUUCGAAUGACGUGCAAAUUAUGGGUGAAGAUACUUGUGGUGCUAACGGUGCGAGGGGCUCUCUAUACGCACACGCUGCUGAUGGCAGCAGUGGGAAACUACAUUCUAGUGAUAGGGUCAUGAACGGUGCAGAUUCUUCUGGCGAUAAGGGCGUGAACGGCCCAGAUUCUUUUGGUGAUAAGGGCAUGAACGGCACGGAUUCUCUGGACUGGACUGCUGCAGGUAGGUGGGCUGAGAUGACGUGGAGUGCAGAGGAGGAGCGGUGCUUGCUGGCCGCUACUGAAGAUUUAGAGGGAGAGUUUGGUAUGGAGCUGGGUGGAGCGUUCGGUGGGGAUUUUGAAGGGGAUUUUGGCGGGGGUUUAGGAGGGUUUUUGGGCCAGGAUUUAGGCGAUUUUGGGUUUGGGGAUGCGGAUUUUCUUGACCUGCCUUGGACAGAGGUGACUGUUCCAGAUGUGACUGUGCUGCAUGGUCCUGCUACGGGUAUGACUGCUGUACAUGUGACUGUAGCAGGUGUGGGUGGGGCGCAGGGUGCUUCCACAGGUGCGGUGGCUGUGACUGUAACAGGUGCAACUGUAGCGGACUCGGGUCUGAGUUGUAUGGAGGAACCGGGUGCAGGGGACGAGGUGUCAGCAGGGGUUGAAGUCCUUGCGGCAGAAGCGGAAGCAUUAGGAGCAGGAACAGCAGGGGUAGAAGCAUUAAGGGUAGAAGCAUCAAGGGUUCAAGCAGUGGUAACAGCCGCAGGUGCAGAAACAGCAGAGGGAGCAGUAAAAGCAGAAGAGCCAUCCACGGGAGCGGCACCAGUGCGAGCAUCAGGAACGGAAGUAUCAGCAUCGCCAGGUCAAAUCUUCAUGGGGAAGGAUGGUUUGGUCGCUUACCCAGGUAGCGUACGCCCACAUGCUCAGGUUGCUGCUCAGGUUGCUGGUCAGGUUGCUGCUCAGGUUGCUGGUCAGGUUGUUGCUCAGGUUGCUGCUCAGGUUGCUGGUCAGGUUGCUGGUCAGGUUGUUGCUCAGGUUGCUGGUCAGGUCGUUGCACAGGUUGGUGGCGCGCAGUCAUCGCCAGGUGAUUUGGGAAACCAACCUGGAGCUUGUCUUGAUGAGCGGGGCGCACCUGUUUCCUCUCUACCACUGCCAAGCUUUGUCUCGUCUGAACCACAGGCACCUGUUGUUGUCCCUUCUGCACCACAGGCACAUGUUGUCCGUUCUGCACCGUUGGCACCUGUUGUCUCUUCUGUCUCACAGGUGCCAACUGAUACUCCCGUGCUUGCAGCCUCCCCUCUCUCUCCUGCCUGCCCUGUCAAUGCCGCCCCAAAUUGUGGCCCCCAAAAAGUUGCAACCUUCCCCCCUACAGCUUCAACCUCCCCCCGUUCUCCCUCUCUGGUUGCCUCCCCCACUGCCGUCACUCUUCCCCUCACUUCCCCCGACCCCCUCUCUCCCCAAGUCCUUUCCCCCGCCCCCCCCUCCCGAUUCUCCCCGCUCUCUAGCCCCCCUUGGGCGCUGGUUGACACUGCAGGGGCGCAUGCGGGCGGGGAUGCGGGGGGGAGUGGGGUAGGGCUUGGGGAAGCAACGGGGGGGAAUGGGGGAGGGGAAGCGGGGGGGAAUGAGGGAGGGGAAGUGGAAUGGGAUGGGGAAGGGCUUUGGGGCGGGGAAAUAGGGGGAGACGGGGAAGGAGACGGGGGAAGGGAAACCGGUGUGGCUAUUAGGGAGAAGGAGACAGGAUUUGAGGAGCACGAGAGAAGGGAAGGAGAGAGAGAGGAGGAAGGAGCGGGUGAGGGGGAAGUGGGAGAGGAAGGAGGAGAGGAGGGAGGGGAAGAGGAAGGAGAGAAAGAAGGAGAAAGAAGGAGAAAGAAGGACUCAAAUGAUGACGUGGUAGAUGAUGACAGCGAUGAUGACGUGGAAGCUGUUGAGAGUGAUGAUGACGUGGUGGAGAUCCCAACGAAUCAGGAUCAAGUGAAAUGGCUUGCUGGUCGUGCUGGCAACGAAUCUGGUACUGGGGAGGAUUCUGCUGGUAGGGGUAGCAGCAAUGCUGCUGCUGCUACUGAGAAUGAUAGUCCUGCUGCUGCUGCUACUGAUGCAGCUGCUGCUGCAUGCAGGGCUGACUGCGUUGCCGACGUGGCAACAAAUUGUCCAGAGCAGAACAGACCAGAGGGGCUACAGGCAGCAAAAGAAGCAGGUUCACAAAAAGCAGCAGGCCGAGGGGGGGCAGAGGCACAAGCAGGAGAACGAGCAGACGCAACAGAGGCAACAGAAGGGGCAGCGGCGGCAGAGGGAGCAGAGGCAAUAGAGGCAACAGAGGGGGCAGGGGCAGUAGAUACAACAGUGGGAGUGAUGGCCAUUGAGGCGAGAGAUGCGGCAGGGGCAAUAGAGGCAACAGAGGGGGCAGGGGCAGCAGAGGUAACAGAGGGGGCAGGGGCAGCAGAGCGGGCAGAGGCAGCAGAGCGGGCAGAGGCAGCAGAGCGGGCAGAGGCAGCAGAGCGGGCAGAGGCAGCAGAGCGGGCAGAGGCAGCAGAGCGGGCAGAGGCAGCAGAGCGGGCAGAGGCAGCAGAGGCGGGAGUAGUAGCGCAAGGGACAGGCACCAGGGGUUGUGCCAAGGCGGAGGUAGCCUUGCCCCUGCAAACACCAGAAUCAACGCAAGAGGUUGAGGGGCCUGGUUCGAUGAAGCAGGUGUCUCCUGAGCCGAUGAUUCUGAGGCAGGUUACUGAUGUUUCAGGUGCUUCUGAGCCCGAGCAGAGAGUUUUUGUAGUCUCCCACAAGUCACCUGUAGCUUUUCCCGAUACCCAGCAGCAAUGGGCAGCCAUUGAGCCGACUCAGAAGCAGGUUCUUUUGGUGCCUCACAAGCCACUUGUGACUUCUCUUGAGUCGAUUCAAAAGCUACCUGCGUUUUCUGAGCACCACCAGCGGCAGCAGGGAGUCCUAGCCACGGCAGCUCCUGUAACUGGUUUCGAUCCAAGUUACGGUGUUACCAACCAAAUAGCAUACCUUCAAAGUUUGGUGCCAGAUACGGGUCGUGAGCUGAAGCCGGCCAGUAUGGCACUCUGUGGGGCUGAUGUUAGCAGCAGAGCGGCUGAUGUGGCGGUGUGUGAGGCUGACGUGGUUGGCAGAGCAGCUGAUGUGGCAGAUGGGGGUUUUGCAGCAGGAGGGGCAGCAGGAGGCGCAGGAGGCGCAGGAGGGGCAGCAGAGGACGGAGACAUGUCCCCCUCUCUCUCCUCCUUCCCAUCCCCCUUUGCCUGUUUCUCUGCCUCCCCCUUUUCCUCCCACUCCCUUCCCUGCCCCCCCCUGCCCUCCCCUUCCUUCCCUUCUCCCAGCGCUUGUCUAGACAUGUGGUCUGCUGAAGGGUCGUCCUUCCCCUCUUCCGUCCCUUCCUCCCUUCCCUCCUCCCUUCCCUCCUCUCUUCCCUUCUCUCUUCCCUCCUCUCUUCCCUCCUCUCUUCCCUCCUCUCUUCCCGCCUCCCUUUCCUCCUCCCUUCCGUCCUCCUUCCCGUCCGCCCUCCCCUCCUCCCUGCCCUCUUCCGUCCCUUCCUCCAUCCCCUCAUCCCUCCCCUCCUCAUUCCCCUCCUCCUCCUCCACCGCCUCCCCUCCCUUCUCCCCACCUCCCAUGUCUCACGCUCAAUUCCCUGUGGACGCCCUCUCAUUUUACAAGGCAUGGGCCCAGCGUAACGACACUGGUACUUACAUAAGUGCACGUGCCACUAAGGGGGAUAUGAAACACGAGGAGAAGGGAGAAGUGGGAAACGAAGUGGGGGCGAGGCCGGAAAGAGAGAGAGGGCAGCAGGGAGAGCAGCAGGAGAAGAAGGAGCAGCAAGUGGAGGAAGUAGGAGGGGAGAGAGGCCAGGAGGAGCAGCCGAGGGAGGUACCAACGGAACAGGAGCAACAGGAGGAGGUAGAGAAACAGCAGCAAGCGGAGCAAGAGGAGCGACAGGUGGAGGAGGCAGAGGAGAAACUGCAAGAGAGGCAAGAGGAACCGAAACAGCAGCAGCAGGGGCAGGGGCAGCAGCAGGAGGAGCGACGGAAACUGCAGGUGGAACAGGAAGGGCAGCACAGGCAGGAGCAGGAGCAUGAGGAGCAGGGGGAAGGGAAACAGCAGCAGCAGCAGCAGCAGCAGCAGCAGGAGAAACAGGGGGGGCAGCACGGACAGGAGCAGCAGCAGUCGGAAGAGGUUCAGCGGCAGGAGCAGGAGCCGCAGGGGCAGGGGCAGCAGCAGCAGCAGCAGCAGCAGCAGCAGCAGCAGGCAGACGAGCAGCAGCAGGGAGAGGGGCAAGAGGAAUUGGCACAGCAACGGGGGGAGGAGAGGGAGCAGGCGGAGGAAGGCGAGGAGAUGGGGGAGGAAGAGGAAGAAGAGGAGGAGGAGGAAGCUGAAGUGCUGGAUGUAGAUUGGGUGGGGUAUGACGAGGUGUGGGCGGGGAGGGGUGGCCGGGUCGCAAGCGUCAAGCAAGGCGGGGAGAGAGAGGAGGAGAGUGAGGGGGGGGAUCUGGACGAGGAGGGGGAUGGCGGAGAGGGGGAGGGGGAGGAGGAGGAGGAAGAGGACGUGGCGAGUGAUGUGACGGAGGCUGCUGCGUCGGACGAGGUGGAGUGGGAGUCGUGCCUUAAGGUGCUGCAUGCAUCUGUGGAAGACUAUGAGGAGGGGCCUCAAGAUGCAUCUAUGGCCCAUGGCAAUGCUGCAUGUCUUCCUGUUACUGCUGCUGCUGCUGCUGCAGUAACUGCUGCUCCUGCUGGUGCUGGUGGUGGUGCCGCUGUCGCGGCUGCAGCUGGCGUUACUGGUCUAGUUGCUGCUGUGGUGGUUGAAGGGCUUAUGGACGGCAGAGCGGUUAUGCAGGAGCUGGGGGCGGGUGCGUUUGAAGCCCCCAAGACGCCUCAGGCGGAUGGUGAGACCUGUGAGAUGAGGGAGUGGAAGAGAGGAGGACACGGGGAGGAGGAGGAGGAUGAGGAGGACGGGGAGGAGGGGGAGAAAGCGGAGGAGGAGGAGGAGCAAGAGGAGAAACGGGAUGAGGCAGAGGAAGAAAAGAAGGAAGGAGGCAGCUGGCCCAGUGACGGCGAUUUCGUGCCUGAGAAUGGGCUUGGGGAGGAAGUGCAGGUGGCAGCAGAGGAGGAAGGGGCAGCUGAGGUGGCAGCAGACGUGGCAGCUGAUGCAACAGCCGAGCUUGACGCAGAGGUAGAAGUGGAAACAGAAGGAGAAGGUGAAGCUGUAGUAGCAGCAGGAGCAGCAGACUCAGAAGCAGGAGCAGAAUAUGAGAUGGAACCAGCAGGAGGAGCUGAGGCUGAGGCAGAAAUGGAAAGGGAGGGAGGAGAGGGCGACCCAGAAGCAGAAGCAGUAGAAACUGAAGCAGAGGCAGAAUCAAUAGAAGCAAAAGCAGCAGCAUACGAGGAGCCAGAGGCAGAGGAAGAGGCAAACGCAAUAGGGGAAGACGCAAUAGAAGCAGAAGCUGUUGAGGAAGUAGCAGCAGGUGUUGCCGCAGAAGUAGAGGCAGGUGUAGCAGCAAACGAAGCAGCCAUAAUGAAGGGAGGGAGAAGGGUAGAGGCAGAGGCAGAGCCAGAGGCACGGGCAAGGGUCAAGGGAGAAAACGAGAUUGCAGCAGCAGCAGGGGCAGUGGCAGAGGUAGGAUCAGUGAUGGGAGCAGGAGAAGCAGCAGAGGCAGAGGCGGAGGAGGAGGAAGGGGGAGGCGGAGAGAGGGAAGGAGAGGGAGCGAUGGUUGUCUGUGGGGAAGCAGGGGAGCGAGCAGGAGAUGCCGCAGAGGCAGAGGCGGAGGGAGAGGAAGGGGGAGAGGGAGAGGGAGAGGGAGAGGGAGAUACAGAGGGAGAGACUGUUGUAUGCUUGAAGGCGAGAGAAGGAGCUGGGAUGGAGGCUGAAGGUGCAGAAGUGGUGGGAGGAGGAGCAGAUGGGGUAAAGGGAGGAGCAGAGGAGGUAAAGGGAGGAGCAGAGGAGGUAAAGGGAGGAGCAGAGGAGGUAAAGGGAGGAGCAGAGGAGGUAAAGGGAGGAGCAGAGGAGGCGGGAGGAGGAGAGGAGGCGGGAGGAGGAGAGGAGGCGGGAGGAGGAGAGUGGGUAGAAGGAGGAGCAGACGAGCUAGAGAGAGGGGCAGGGGAGGUAGUGGGAGCAGAGGAGGUAGAGGGAAGAGCAGGGGAGGUAGAGGGAAGAGCAGGGGAGGCUGUAGGGAUUUGUCCCAUGGGAAUUGCAGAGGCAGAGGCGGAGGCAGACGCAGUUUUAACAGCAGGGACGGCACCAGCAGCAGCAGCGGAGGGAGAGGAACAAGCAGGGGAGGAAGGAGCAGGGGAAGGGGAGGAAGGAGGAGGGAGAGCUGGCGGGAUGGAUGCAGAGGGAGAAGCAGAUGGGAAGGAUGGGGAUCGGGAGGAAGAAGCAGGGGAAGGAGUGGAGGCAUUUGAAGAAGCAGAUGAGCGAGUAGGGGAAGCUGGUGGGAUGGGGGCAGAAGGUGGAGAAAGCAUGAAGGGUGUGAACGGGGGUGAAAGCGCAGGGGGGGCUGAUGCUGCUUCUGCUGCUGCUAAUGCUGCUGAUGCUGCCGAUGCUUCUGAUGCUGCGGAUGCUGCCGAUGCAGGAGAAGGAGAAAGAGAAAACGAGGAAGAAGCGAGAGGAGCUGAGGAGGAACAAGCAAGGGAAGGUGGCGAGAUGGAGCUGGAAGGAGCUGCAGUAGACAUAGAGCAGAUGGAAGGGGACAGAGGAGGAGCAGACGAACAGGCAGAGCAAGGUGGAGCGAUGGGGGCAGAGGGAGAGAGGGGGAGAGCCUUAAAGGAGGUGGACGGAGAUGAGGGAGCAGGAAGGGCGGAGAGAGAGGCUGGGGAAGCAGAGGAAGAUGAAGAAGAAGCAGAUGAAGAAGCAGCAGGGGACGCAGGGAGAAUUGCUGGGGUGGGAGAGGGGGCAGCAGGAGGGGUAGACAUGGAUGGGGUGGAACGGGAUGAGCAUGAGGGUCGUUCCGACGUGGAAGCUGGGGCACAGGCUGGUUCUAUUGGGGAGACAGGGUCCGAAGCUGGUUCUCAGCCCAGGGCCAAGGCUGAUGUGCAGGCUUGGGCCGAAGCUGCUGUGCAAACAGGGGAUGUGCUUGUGGGACGGGCACCAACAGCCGUCGAUGCAGCAGUGGUUGAUGCAGCAGCCGUCGAUGCAGCAGUGGUUGAUGCCAGAGAUGCCACUGACGGGGAGACGGAAGGAAAUGGGGAGAAGGAUGGUUCAAGGGGUGGGGAGAUGGAGGAGGGUGAGGGGAAUCUAUUUUUGAGGCGCCUCAAAAUUAGGCUCCUCACAAAUGGGGAGAAGGAUGAUUCAGGGGGUGGGGAGAGGGAGGAGGGCGACGGGAAUAAGCAGGUAGAGGGUGAAGACGAUGCAGGAGGACCCGGCAUUUCACAGGCUGUAGCAGCCCCAGCUGUAGCGGCACCAGCUGUAGCAGCGGCUACUGCCCUUUCCCCCACCCCUGCUCCUGCCUCUACCCUGGCUCCUGCCCCGGCCACUGCUCCAACUACCAGUGCUAGUCACUCACCCCAAAGCGGACCCAUCCUUCCCACCCCCUCCCUCCCUCUCCUCUCCAUCGCUCCUCCCGCCCCUCCCCUCGUGCCACUGGCGCCUGCACCACCUGCCCCCUUCUCACCAGUAGCAACAGCUCCAUCUGUAGCAACAGCUCCAUCUGUAGCAACAGCUCCAUCUGUAGCAACAGCUCCAUCUGUAGCAACAGCUCCAUCUGUAGCAACAGCUCCAUCUGUAGCAGCAGCAGCACCAUCUGUAGCAACAGCUCCAUCUGUAGCAGCAGCAGCACCAUCUGUAGCAACAGCUCCAUCUGUAGCAGCAGCAGCACCAUCUGUUGCAACAGCAGCACCAUCUGUAGCAACAGCAGCACCCACAGUGUCUGUGGCAUGUGUAGCAGCAGCCACAGGCCUUGACACGGCUCAUGCGCUCGUGGUGUCUCUUGCUCUGCAUCGAGCCAAGGCCCGAGCUGUAGCCGCUGCUGCUGUUCCUGCAGCUGUUUCUGCUGCUGGUGGUAAUUCUGCCGCCCUUGCUGCUGCUGCUGCUGCUGUUGCCGCUGCUCUUGGGAAGCCAGCACAUGCCACGUCAUCUGCAACUGCAACUAUUUUUGAGGCGCCUAAAAAACCUACGGCACUUUCACUGCCAUUCCCACCAGCGCUACCAGCAGCACCGCCACCAUCUCUAUCCCUUUCGCCAUGGGGGGAUGAGGAACUUCCUCCGGGUGUAGACAGGCCAUCACAUGUCGGGUCCUUUCCAUCACAUGUUGGGUCCUUUCCAUCACAUGUUGGGUCCUUGUCGUCACAUGUUGGGUCCUUGUCGUCACAUGUUGGGUCCUUGUCGUCACAUGUUGGGUCCUUGUCGUCAUCGCAUGUAGAGGAUCCGCUGCCACAUGGUGAAGCACCUUCUGUGGUAACAUGGAGCCGCGAAUUCUCGUCAGCAGCAGCCGCAACAGACAGAGCAGCAGCAGCCACAACAGACAGAGCAGCAGCAGCAGCAGCAGCAGCAGCGGCACCAGAGCCGCUCAUGGGAUGGGGCGGAUCACCUUCCUUGUCAGCAGCUGCCGCCUGUACUGCUGCUUGGUAUGCGUGGACUCGUAGCAUGGGCGGCCGAGCCACUCCUGCUCUUGCCCCCCUGCCCCCACCAGCUAAUGCGUCUCCCCCAAGCCUUGCUGCAGCUGCUGCUAGCACUGGCAAGAGGAAAGCAGCAGCAGCAGCAGCUGCAACCACUGAAGCUGCUGCGGCUGCUGCUGCUGCUGCUGCUGCUGCUGCUGCUGGUUCGUCGUGGCCUUCACCUGUCAAAGUGGCGGAAAGCAACGAUGCUUUUCCAAGGGUCACUGCUUCAUCCGCUGCUGGCCUUGGCGGAGGUAAGCCUGCUGCAGCAGCAGCAGCAGCGGCAGCAGCGGCAUCAGGGCUGGUUUCAGCAGCAGCAGCAGCAGCAGCGGCAUCAGGGCUGGUUUCAGCAGCAGCAGCAGCAGCAGCGGCAUCAGGGCUGGUUUCAGCAGCUGCAGCACCGGCUGCAGCUGUUAAGAUUUCCUCUCCCCCUGCUGCUGCUCCUGCUGCUCCUGCUGCUGCUGUGCCCGCUGCCGCUGCUCCCGCUGCUGCUGCUCCUUCUGCUGUUGUGUGGGCGGCUGCCAGCGCAUUCAGACCUGUUCAUAGUGCCGAUCCCAACUUUGCUCCUAAGGCCCUUGCUGCUGCAAAGGCUCCUUCGCCUCUGAAGCCUCGCUCGAUUGCAAAGGCCGGGCUCUCACUUGCGGGUAACACUGCAAGGAUCGUUGCUGCUGUUGCUGCUGUCACUUCUCCCGCUGCUGCUGCUGCGGUCAGAGCGAGGAUGAGCAACGCCAAGGCAGUCAUUUCCGAGGACGAAGGGAGGUUUUCAGAAGUGGAGGCGGAGGGUUUGCUGUACCAGCAGCCGGUAAAGGCGGUACUUCCUGUGCAAGAGGAGAAGUCCUUAGAGUUGGAGGCUGAGGCAAAGGGUUUGCCAUAUCAGCUGGUGAAGGUAGUAACUCCUGGAGACACUACCAUUGCGCAGGCUGAUUUGGGGGAGGUUGACGUGGUGGAGGUUGGUGCGGGGGAGGUUGGUGUGGGGGAGUCUGGUGCAUCACAUGCAGAGAUGAGUUUUUACCUGCCAUACUCUGACAGCUCGCCUGAACCUUCUGACAACUCACCUGAGCACCCUGGCAUGUCACCUGAGCACCCUGGCAUGUCACCUGAGCAUAUGUCACCUGAGCACCUGUCACCUGAGCACCUGUCACCUGAGCACCUGUCACCUGAGCACCUGUCACCUGAGCACCCUGACGUAUCGUCUGAUCAUAAAGGCUUGACACCUGUCAGGGCUGUCAGCGAACCAUCUGGACUCCCACCUGGAGAACCACCUGAGCUAUCUGCUGGCAAAGCACUCGAGGCAGGUCAGGUUGCCCAUUCACCUGAGACUCAGAUUGCCCAUUCACCUGAAGCUUUACCUGAACGUUCACCUGAGGGUCCACACGAACGUUCUCCUGAAGGUUCGCCCCUUGGAGAAACAAAGGAGCUUGCUCCUGCUGUUGCUGCUUCUCCUGCGUCUCCUGUGUCUCCUUCUCCUGCUCCGUCUGCUACCUCUGCUGGAGCUGCCGAUUUUGUUGCUGAUGCUGGUGGUGAUGGCGGUUCUGCUACCUCCACUGCUGCUGCCAUUGGUGACCCUACUGCCUCCGCCACUCCUGCUGCUGCCACUGAUGCCGCUGGUAUUGCUGCUGCUACUGCUGAUGCGGCAACUGCUAUUACUAAUGCUGCUGCUGUUGAUGCUGAUGCUGCUGAGACAGCUGCUGAUGCUGCUGCUGCUACUGCUAUUGGUGCUGAUGCUGCUGCUGCUGCUGAUGCUGAUGCUGCUGCUGAUGCUGACAAUUUCAGAGCCGUUGCAACAAGCAGUGCUGAUGCUGCCACAGAUUCUGCUGCUGACAACGCUACUGCCACUCACACAACUGCUGCUGCAGACAACGAUACAGCCACUCACACAACUGCUGCUGCUGACAACGAUACAGCCACUCACACAACUGCUGCUGCUGACAACGCUACAGCCACUCACACAUCUGCUGCUGCUGACAAUGAUCCUGCUACUUCUCCACCAGAUGCCCCCCCCCACCUGCCUCCUAUCGGUGCUAUACCAUCUUUCCAUCCCCCAUCUAUUCUCCCCCCUAUAGGAGCAGUUUCCCGUCUCCCCCCCAUAGGUGCUGCAGCAUCGCUUCCCCCUAUAGGCGCAGCAGCAUCCUUCCCCCCCAUUGGCGCAGCAGCAUCUCUUCCCCCCAUCGGCAUGCCCCACUCUUUCCCCUUCCCGCCCUUCCUUCCCUUUCCCCUCGGCCCCUUUCCCGCCCUUGGGUACAAUUCGGGUUACCAGCUCUCUGCUGCUCAGAUGCUCUUUCUCAGCCGAAUUGCUGGCUUUGGAAACGCACCUUCCGGUUUUGGAAACGUUUCUAAUUUUGGAAAUGUUUCCAAUCGCGGAAAUGCUGGCCGUGGGGCAACUGGUGAGGCUAAGCGCGUUCCUGGUUCUGCUGGUGCUGGUUCUGCUGUUACCAAUACUGCUAGUGCUGCUGUUUCUGGGUUGAGUGCUGGCUCUGCUGCUGCGUCCAUUCCUGCUGGUGCCACUGCUGCUGCUGCCACCGCUGCUGCUGCUGCCGUUACUGCAGGUAGUGCAGCCGCUGGGACUCCUUCCGCUGCUGCUGAAUCUGAAGCAGCUGGUUCUCCAGCAGCAGUAGCCGCUGCUGCUGCAGCAACCGGCGAAUGUGGCCGGUACAGUGGGGGUGCACCACGUGCCAGCACGCGUAUGAGCAGGGCGGUUGCGUGUGAGGAGCAAGGGAAUGAGUGGCAGGAGGCAGCAGCAGCAGUGCCUAGCAGCGAAUGGCAGGAUGCACCACUUGUGUUUGGGCUGAACGCCGUCCCACCUGGUGCUGUUCUCAAUGAGACCGCUGUUGCAGAGGAGACAGAGGACGCAGAGGAGGGAGGAGAGGAAGAGGAGGGAGAGGAGGGAGAGGAGGGAGAGGAGGGAAAGGAGGGACAGGAGGCAAGGGACGUAGGCGGGGUUUUGGGCGCGUCUCUGACUGAGGGGGAAACUGGAGAGGAGGAAGACGCGGAUGCGGGGGAAGCGGGCGCAGUGGUGACUUUUGACGAGGUGACUCAAAAGUCACCUCGUCACAAUGUCGCACACGUCGGUGUGGUGAGAUCGGUUUUGAGGCGCCUCAAAACUGGAUCGCUGCUUGGCUACGAUACGCCUCUUGAGGCGCAGAUACACGAGCCUUUAACUGCGCCUCUUGAGGAACCUUUUGAGGGGCCUCAGGUUGUCGGCGCAGCCGAAGGGGAAGCUGGACAGAACGUGCUGAAGUCGCUGCUUGGCUAUGAGACGGAUGGAGAGGAGGAGGAAGAGGAGGGGGAGGAGGAGGAGGAGGAAGUGGGGGGAGAAGGUACCGGAGGGAUAGGAAAGGAGGGAGCAGGAAAGAAUGGGAAAGCCGCAGCAGCAACAGCAGCAGGAGGGAUAGGAAAGGCUGGGGCAUCGGCAGGAGCAUCGGCAACUGAGUGCAAAGCCACAGUGACAGCAGCUGCUGCUGCUGCUGGAGGAGCAGCAGGGAGUGGGGCAGCAGGGAGUGGGGCAGAGAGAAGGGCAGCAUCCAGAGCAUUGGCAGAAGCGCGUAGGGCAAGAGAGAGCAAAGCUGCAGUGGCAGCAGGUGGAGAGGGGGGUAUGAACAAAGCAAGAGGCCCCUCUGCUGAAGGGGCUUUGAAUGGGAAGGCAGAUAGAGGUGGUGGACUGCUGACGGGAAGUGGCAAGAGCAGGGAGGGGGGGAGAGGUAUGGUAUCAGGAGCAGCGGCAGGAGGAGGGGCUGUGGUUAAAGCUAGAGGCCCCUCUGCUGAAGGGCAUUUGAAUGCGAAGGCAGAUAGAGGUAGUGAACUGGUGAAGGAGAGUGGAAGCGGCGUGGGGGGGACACAUGGAGGAACAGCAUUGGCUGCAGUGGAUGCUGGUAACUGCAGCCGUGGGAGGGAGAAGGGGCGUGAGGUGGAUGUGAGAACGGAAAGGGACAGUGGGAAGGUGGGAGGAGAAAGAGCGGUGGUAGCACGUGUGGCAACAGCAGUGGCUGCGGUGGGUGGUGGAGGCAGCCGUGGGAGGGAGAUAGGGCGUGAGGUGGAUGUGAGAACGGUAAGGGACAGUGGGGGGGCGAAGGGGAGUGAGGUGGCUGCUAGAAGGGAAAGGGGCAGUGGGAAAGAGAAGAGGGGUGAGGAUGUGAGAAAGGAAGAUAGUAGGAGGGAGAAGGAAGAUAGUAGGAGGGAGAAGGUGAGUGAGGUGGAUGUGAGAAAGGAAGAUAGUAGGAGGGAGAAGGUGAGUGAGGUGGAUGUGAGAAGAUCGAGGGACAGCAGUGAAGUUAGAGAAGAAAAGGACAUUGGGAGGGAAGCCGGGAGGGGGAGUGAGAUGGAUGGGAGAGGAGCGAAGGACAGCAGUAGAGUGGGAGGAGAGAAAGACGCUGGGAGGGAAACAGGGAGGAGGGAUGAGGUGGAUGCGAGAAGAUCGAAGGACAGCAGUAAAGUUAGAGAAGAAAAGGACAAGGGGAAGACAGCAGAGAGGAGGAGUGAGGUGGAUGCGAGAAGGGCGAAGGACAGCAGUAGAGUGGGAGGAGAGAAGGAUACUGGGAGGGAAGCUGGGAGGGGGAGUGAGGUGGAUGUGAGAGGAGCAAGAGACAGCAGUAGAGUGGGAGGAGAAAAUGACACUGGAAGGGAGGGAAGAGACAGAGACACUCGAAAAGCGGGAGGAGAAAAGGACAAGGGGAAGACAGCAGAAAGGAGGAGUGAGGUGGAUGCGAGAAGGGCGAAGGACAGCAGUAGAGUGGGAGGAGGAAGGGAGAGAAGGGAGGGAGACCGAAAGCGGGAGGAAGAGGGAAGAGGGAGAGGCAGGGAGCGCUGUGAAUCGGCUCAAAAGACCGGGAGGGAGGGGGGAGGGAGUGCUGAGAGGAGGGAGGGAGGAGGGAGUGCUGAGAGGAAAGUGAGUGGAGCAGGAGGAGGAGGGGAUCGGGGUGGGGCAAGUGGGGGAGGGGAGAGGCACAGUAAGGGUGGUGGUGAUGAUAAAACUGGUAGGAAAAACAGUGGUAAGAAUAGUGGUGGUGGGGCGGAUGGGAGUGGUGGUGGCACGGGGGAGAAAGCGGGAGAACAAGUGAAAGCAACUAAGGUUGGAGGUGAAGGUGGGAGGGGGAGUGGUGGGGGUGGUGGGGGUGGUGGGGGUGAUGAUGGUGAUGACAAUGCAAGGGAGUGGGACCGGAAACGUGCUCUGGGGAGCUACAGGGGCAAGGGCGGGAGGAGGAAAGGGGAGGAAGAGGAGGAGGAAGGAAGGGAGAGCAAGCGUAGGAAGGAGGGGGAGAAGCAGAGACAUGGGGAGGGAGGAGGAGAGAGGGGAGCGGAGAAGGGAGGAGAGAGACGAGGGGGUGAGCAUGGGAAUCGGGACACAGAGAGGAGCAAAGAGAGGAGUGGGAAGGGGGGUGGCAACAAGGCUGGUGUGAAUGUGGGUGAUAGGAGGGAUGAGAGGAGAGAGGAGAGGAGUGAUGGUAGGAACGAUGAGAGGAGGGAUGAGAGGAGAGAGGAGAGGAGUGAUGGUAGGAAGGAUGAGAGGAAGGAUGAGAGGAAGGAUGAGAGGAAGGAUGAGAGGAAGGAUGAGAGGAAGGAUGAGAGGAAGGAUGAGCAUAGUAAUGUGAAUGAAGAGGAAAAGGGAAGGGGAGAUAGGGGAAAGGAGGCGGAUAUGAGGAGGGAUGAAAAAGGGAGGGAUGAGGGAAGGCGACGGGAGGAGCAAAAGGAAAGGGAGGAGGAUAAGGGAAGGAAGGAGGUAAGGGAUAGGGAGGGGGGGAGGAGAACAGAGGAGGAUAGGAGAAGAGAGGGUGAUAAAAAAAGGGUGGAGGAUAAGCAAAAAGGGGUGGAAAGGGGAAGGGAGGACGAAAGUAGGAGAGAGGGGAAAAGUGAUGAAGAAGAAAGGAAGGAGGAGAAGGAAAGGGAGGAGGAGAAGGAAAGGAAGGAGGAGAAGGAAAGGAAGGAGGAGAAGGAAAGGAGGAGGGAGGAAGGAAAGGGAAAGGAGGGUGAAAAUAGAAGGGAGGAGGUUAGAAAGCACAGCCAUGGGGGAAGGAAUGUUGAUUUGCCAAAAGUUAAUGUGGGUGAAAAGAAGGAUGAGAAGAGGGAGGGUAAGAUGGAUGAGAGGAAGGAGGAGAUUGGAGGGGACGGGAAAUUGGAGAGGACGGAUGAGAGGAAGGUUGAAAGGAAAGAGGAGAGGGGGGGUCAUAGGGAGGAUGAGAGGAAAGAGGGGAGUAGAGAGGAGAGGAAAGAGGAGAGGAGGGAUGUUAAGAAGGAUGAAAGGAAGGGUGUGAGGAGGGAUGAGAGGAAGGAAGAAAGGAAAGAAGAGAGGAAGGAGAACUUGAAAGAGGAGAGGAAAGAUGAAAGGAGAAGUGGGGAGGAAAGGAAGAGGGAAGAAGAAAGGAGAAAGGAGGAGGAGCGGAGAAGAGAGGAGGUCAGGAGGAGUGAGGUGGGGAGGAGGGAGGAGGAAAAAGGAGAGGCGGAAAGGAAGAGGGAUGAGGAAAGGAGAGGGAAGGGAAGGGGGAGGAGUGACGAAGCGAUCAAGGGGACAGGCAGAACGGAAGGGACGGGAGCAAAUAAGGAGAGAGAGGAUGAUAAGAUGCGAAGCCAGGCGAGUAUGGGAAGGGGUAGGGAGAAGAGCAGGGAGAAGGACAGGGAGAAGGACAGGGGAGAAAUGGAUAGGGAUAGGGGCAAGGAGAAAGGUGGAGAAAGGGACAGGGAUAGGGGCACGGAGAGGGGCGGAGAAAAGGAAAGGGAGAGGAGCAGGGAGGACAGCAGAGAUGUCUUGAAGCACAGAGGAAGGGAGACAGAUAAGGAGGGAGAGAGUAGAAAUGGGGCGAGAAAAGAGAAAGAAGAGGAGAGGGAGGGGAAGAAGAGAGGGGAAAGGGAGCAGGAGCAGAAGAGGGAGAGGGGAGGGGAAAAGGAGCAGGAGCAGAAGAGGGAGAGGGGAGGGGAAAAGGAGCAGAAGGGGGAGAGGGGAGGUGUGAAUCAUGGCUUCGACGAGGAGAGGAAAAGGAGGAAGGUGGAGCAGGAGGAGCAUGUGCAGGAGAGGAGAGAAAGAGAGAGGAGGGAAAGGGAUAGGGGAGAGAAGGAGAGGGGAGAGGAGGGUACGGAAAGGGAGAGGAGGGAGAAGGAGAGGAGAGAAAAGGAGGACAAGGGGGGCAAAGAGGAGAGGCGAGGGACGGAGGAGAAAAUACCUAGGAACGAAAGGAGGGAGGAGGGGGCGAGGAGACAUGGGGAGAGGAGGGAAGAGGAGACGAAGGAGACAGGUAAGGUGCGUGAAGAGAAGAAGCACACGGAGGGGGCGCUGGACAGGACUGCAGUUGAGGCGCGUCAAAAAAAUGUAGAGAAGAGACACGAUACAGUGGUGGGUGAGAGAGAAACCGCCGGAAGAGAGGAAACGGGGGGGAGGGGGGGUGACAAGAGGACGUAUGAGGAGAAGAGACACAGUGAGUGGGCGCACGAUGGGAGAGGGAGUGUUGGAAUAGAGGGAGCGAAGGGGAGUGAUAAGAGGGAGCAUGAAGAGAAGAGACACGAUGCAGUGGGUGUGGGAGGUGGUGCCUUAGGAGGGGGAAUGAAAGAAGGGGGUGAGACGAAUGGAAGGGAGGGGAAAGGUGGGAGGGAUGGGAAGGAUGGGAGGGGUAGGAAGGAUGAGAAGGUUUCUGAAGCGCCUCAACAGAAGGUGUGGAAAGGUGGGAGGGUGGGGAAUGACGAAAAGGCUUCUCGGGCGCGUAAACAAGAGGACGGGAAGGAUGGGAGGGAGGGGGAUGGAGGACGAAGGAAGAGACGGAAAGAGAGAGAAUCAAGCGAGAAGGAAACGUCCAGUGGUAGUGAUUCUAGUGACAGUGAAUCUAGUGAGAGUGAUUCUAGCGAUGGCUGUUCUAGGGAGGAAGGGUUGAGGAAGCGAAGGAGAGGGGGCGGUAAGGAGGAAGAGAGCAAAACGCAGAAGGGGAAGAAGAGAAAGGAGAGGAGAAAGAAGGAGACGAAGGGGAGGAAGAAAAAGGAGCAGGGGGCGAAGGAGGAGGAGCAUGCAGAACCAACUGAGCAUGGAGCAGGGGUGGGUGAGAAGGGAGGAGACGACGAAGAGGGAUUGAGUGUGGAAAUGCUGACCGAGAAGAGGAAGAAGUGGCGGCAGGACUGGCGCCAGAUGAAGGUGGACGCACGGGAGAGCGAGAAGGAGAGGGCGGAGGAACAGGCCAAGGAACCCAGUGGCUCCGUUCCUGUAUCUGCUGCUGUGACUGCUGCUGCCACUCCUUCCCUGCCCUUCACACUCCCUGCAAGUCCCGCCCUUCCCCCAUCCGUGCUUCAUUCCCUCAUCUCGCCCCAAGGACUCCAGCUCUCAGGCCUGCAGUCCGCCGCACAACCGCCUUUCCCCACCAACUGUGCUCUGCUGCAAACUCCAGGCACUCCAAGCACGCCAGGCGCUGUUGCCAACCCUCUAUUGGCGCACCAUGCGCUGUUGCACGCCCUGCGUUCCGGUGUCCGCCCGCUGCUCCCCGGCCCUCCUCACUGGUCCUAUGCUGUUCCAAACGCCACUCUUGGAGGGCCGCUUGGCCUGAAUAUAGGCAUGAGCAACAUGGGUGCUAGUGGUAUGGGCAUGGGAGGUAUGGGUGCUGGUGGUAUGGGCACGGGAGGUAUGGAUGCUGGUGGUAUGGGCAUGGGAGGUAUGGGUGCUGGUGGUAUGGGCACGGGUGGUAUCGGCACAGGUGCUCCUAUGGCCCAUUUUGCUGCUGCGGCUGCUGCUGCUAGAGCAAUAGUGAACGCUAAGGCAAUUGCAGCUAGGGCCAAUGCUACUGCUGGUGGUGUUGGUGCUGGUGCCAGUGCUGGUGCUGCUGCUAAUGGUGAUGCUGGAGCAGCCGCUGCUUCUGUUGCUGCUGCUUUAGCUUCUGGUGCUGGUGCUGGUGGUGCUAUCACUGCUCCUGCUGCUGCUCCUGUCUCUACUCCCUCUGCUGCUGCUAUGGCAACUGCUGCUAUGGCUGCUGCUUCAGCCGCUGCUCAUGCUGUGGAGCGUAGGCUCGGCCUGCCCUCUAACGCUGCAGAAGCAGCACCUUCCCAAGCCUCCGCCGGAGGUUCAUCCGAGCCUGGUCCUGGGCUUGGUGCGGUAGAUGGCACGGACAAGGGAAGGAGUGAGGGAAGAAUAGAGGAUGGGGGACUUGGGGGAGAGGAGGGGGAAGGCGGGCAAGGGGGAGAAGGGGGAGGGGAGGGAGAGGAGGAGUGGGAGGAGACGGAAGGGGGGGAGGAGGAGGGAGAGGGGGAGGAGGGGGAGCGGAGGAGGGGCAAGAGGAAGAAGGGGGUGGUGAUAGACGAUCGAUACGUGGUGGACGUGCAAGACGUGAAGAACAGUGUGAAGGAAGCCAUCAAGGCAAUGCGCAGCAAGAGCAGCAUCAACCGCCGUGUCGCAUCUUUCACCACCCUGGGCGUGUCAGGGCCAGCGGCCAAGGCAGCAGAACAGUCGGCGCUGGCUGCCAAGCGGGACAAGGAGAAGGCCCAGCUGGAGCUGAGGAGGAAAUACUAUGGGCUGCCUUGAGGAAUGCAUGGUGCACAUGGGACCCAGAAUGGGGGGCGUGUUGGGGGCGGCGGCCAAGGCAGCAGAUACUCCUGUGUUGUUUUGAGCAGCAUUCGUUUACAGCCCAUCCCUUGUACGGUAGCUCACCCCAUUUCCACCCUAACUGUUCAAUUUUCGAGUAGUGUUGUAGUAGAAUGUAUGUAUGUUGCAAGAUAAACCCACAUGUUACAA